CAUUUACACAUAUCACAAAACUUAUAAAUAGAAAGAAGCAGUACCGGAGAACACAAGUUUUGCGGUACGACCAAGUUCAACAACAACCACGAACCAUGGCACCAAACGAUAACCUCACAGCUGUGCUCUACGGAAUUAACGAUUUACGACUGGAGCAAAGACCUGUCCCAGUACCCAAAGAUGAUCAGGUACUUCUACAGAUGGAAGUGGUUGGAAUAUGUGGAUCCGAUGUCCAUUAUCUAGUCAAUGGAAGAAUUGGUCCGUUUGUCGUUGAGAAACCCAUGAUAAUAGGUCAUGAAGCAUCUGGUACAGUUAUCAAAGUUGGAAAAAACGUCAAACAUCUUCAACCUGGUAAGUCUAACAUUUAAGUUAACUAAGUCAAUGA